AUGUUUUGUUUUGUUUUUAUAUCGUUGAUUUAUUUUGUAAUAGCAGGAUAUAAAUCUUCUAUAAAUAAUCAACAAUCACCUUGUGUAUUCGGUUUUCAUUUUACUACUAUACCAAAUCACUUAAAACUAACUCACUGUUUCACAUUUCCUGGUAAUAGUUCAAAGGUUGAAGGAAUUGUUUUAUCAUUAGAAGUAUAUGUCCAUAAAUCUUUUAUUAUUUCUAAACAAACAAAUAGAUGUGGUGAAUGUAUGGAAUUAACUUCUACUGGAGGAACAAAACAUAGAGUAAUGAUUGCUGGUUAUCAUGAAGAAGAAGAUGAAAAAAUGAUUUAUGGAAGUUCAACAAUUUGUGAAUCAUUAUCUAUAACUAACACAGAAAUAACAGUUAUUCCAAUUGCUUUUCAGUUUAUUUCAUGUCCAAUAGAUAAAAAUCCUUCUAUUAUUAUUGUUAGUGUCAAUGAAUUAACAGUUGAUAUUCAACCAAUUAAUACAGUUCUUCCUCAUUAUUUAUUACUUCUUGAAAAUAAAGAGUAUCCAGUAAACACUUUAACAGGUAUAUACACUAUUCCAUUUUUUAAUGAAUCAUCAAUUAAGUUGGUUUCUUUACAACGUAUUACUGUAACAUUUUCUAAAGUUCAACCAAUUCUAAAUACUCAAUAUAUUGCAUUUAGUCAAUUCCCUCGAUAUAACUUAACAAAGACUUGCCAAUUUAUUCCUGAAAGUAUUGUUUUUGAAGAAGGAAAAGAAAUUAUUCAUUAUGACCCUUCUUUUUAUUGGCAAUUAUAUCGAGUAACUCCUUCACAACGAUUAAAACCAAUUCAAAUACAAAAUGAUGAAUUUUCAUUUUCGUUUUCAACAGAAGACAUUGAAAUAGUUCUUGGAUAUCCAACAUAUUUUCAAUUAAAUAGGUAUUUUAAUGUUCUUGAAUUUCAAUUUACUUCUGACUGUAAAAUUAUUUUUCAAACAGCAGAUAUGUUUACGUUAGCUGAUAUUAAUAAAUUUGAAACGGAUAAAGAAGUUCAAUGUUCUAAUGUAAUGUCUUUAUAUAGAACAAAAGAAUAUAAAAAUGAAGUUGGAAAUACUGUUUUAUAUGGUAAUCUUCUUAAAAUUAAUGUUGAUACUUCAUGUUCUUCUUAUGUUAAUUUUGUAAGUAUUAAAUUAAAAGGAAUUAUUGGAGCAAGUAUUUCUGUUCAUAAAUUAGAGUUUAAAAGAAUAGAAGGUUUUAAUGAUAUUAUUGAAUGUAAUACUACUUCUGCUUUUUGUGUUAAUGAAUGUAGUGAAGAUUCAUAUUCAAUAAUUUCUCUUCAAAAUUCUUCAGACUCAGAUAAUAUUUUUAGUAAUUUUUGUGAACCUUAUUGUGGAAAAUGUGGACCUGGUUUAAGAUGUAUUUCUGGAAAGUGUGGAUAUUUAACUACAAACACUAGAUCUUCUGGAUAUCAAAUAAUGGUUACGUUGUUGAUAAUGAUUUUUUGUGUCAUUCUUUAA